UUUGAAAAAUGAUCACAGGCAGCCAUAAAAUGACUGAGCUCCGCGUUGUUAGUAAACAGUAGUGUGGACUGUCAGGCCUAGGGACGGGUCUGAGCUCCCGAAGGAUCCCGCUGUUCGGACUGAUCUGUGCGCGGCCGUGUUUAACCUCACAGCCCCUGAACGUCCUGACGAACGUAAAGGAAGCCUCUGAACUCUUCAGUGUCUGCAGACUUUAUAUAAUACAUUUAACGUUAAUUGUGCAAGUUUUUUGUUUGCUUGCUUGCUUCUCCUGCUAACUAAGUUACGGCUGCCCGAAAAAAUCCAGUUUCACUUUCUAAAUAUAAAACCCCUCAAACGAGCUUCCAUAAAUCACAUUUAUGAUGAACCCGGAUCUUGAAGAUCUCCACUGUUGGUAAGAUGCAGGUGAUUGAGCAUCCUGUGGAGAAACUGCGCUCAGCUCUCCGCUCCACUCGAAAGGACCUGAUCCAGACCUAUGAGCAGUACAGCCGAGAGGAAAAGAGGUUGCUGGAAGAGGGUCUCCUUCCUGGCAGUCCACUGUUCAGUCCCAUCACCAUUCACUCUGAUUCAGACUGGAUUCCUUCACACCCUGAAGCACCUCAGGAUUUUCUGAGCUUCUACAGCAACCCGUACCGCAGCACACCUAACAAUGGCCAUAAGACCAUCUACAUACAGACUAUUGGCUCUUUCGGUGAAGGAGCUGGGAUCACUGAGCAGUAUGUGGAGUGGCUGAGAGGAUACUGUCAGGCGUUCUACUACGGCUUGGUGGUUAAGCUUCUACCACCAGUAACAAUCGCGUCCACAGGCUGUACCUUCCGUGUCAACAGCAAUACACAUAACCUUCAGCUUCAUGCUGGAGAACUGCUGAAUUUUCUGAAAAAGAAGAAGCCAAAAGAUGCAUUUUGCAUUGUGGGGAUCACGAUGAUUGAUCUGUACCCAAAAGACUCCUGGAAUUUUGUUUUUGGCCAAGCAUCUCUCACUGAAGGAAUGGGAGUUUUCAGCUUUGCCCGGUAUGACGAUGACUUUUACACAAGAAAUUAUGCAGGACGGCUGAAGAAGGCGAUAAAGCUGAAGCCAGGAGACUAUAGCAUAUUCCAGGGCUAUUAUACACCUCCAAUCACCAGCACCCUGCUCUUCCGCUCAUGUAAGACCCUGACACAUGAGAUUGGACACAUAUUUGGUGUCAAGCACUGUCUUUGGCUCCAGUGUGUUAUGCAAGGCUCCAACCAUUUAGAAGAAUCAGACCGUCGGCCACCGGACAUCUGCCCCAUCUGCCUGAGGAAGCUACAGUCUGCCAUUGGCUUUAAGAUAGCCGACAGGUACAAGGCUUUACUACACUGGAUAGAGGAUGGAGUGAGCAGUUCUGGACAACACUUGUGCAAACCCACUCAAGCUUUCCAAAGCUUCAGGGAAUGGUUAUGUAAGUGUCUGAGCAUACUGGAAGAUGAAAUAUUUUAAUUAUGUUAUAGUCUCAUGAGGGUGAUAAGUGGAAAGAUAUUUGAUGUAUGGUGGAUCUGGUUUAUCUAGAUCAAACAAAGAAGCUUUAUUUGCCUUUUUUUGCACCUUGAAUGUAUGUAAGUUAACUAAUUGAAAGUUCAAUACAAAAUACAUUAUUGUAAAAUUAUGAUGAAAUACAGUAUUUCAAAAGAUUUUGCUCAGAUUACUUUAUUUCAGGUCAAAAAAUAAAAGGGUUUGUGUGGAAUAAUUAUGUACAUUAUGUUGCUCUUCCAGACAUGCAAAACAUUUUGCAAAAUCAUCCUUUGGGAACAUGUUCCAAAUAUACAAAAUUCAAGUCUUAUAAUAGUGCUCAGUCUAUAACAGUAUGCUGCAAAAUGGGAAUUACCCUUUGAGAAUUAACCUUCAAAUGUAGACAUUUUCACAUCCUUGGCACAGUAAUUAUAAAAGGCGUUAACUCAGACUGACCGUUCCAUUCUCAUGCUCACAUUGAUAUAGUUCUAUUAAAGGUCUAUUAAAGGUUGUGUUCACAUUCUGUAGCUUUAUAUCUGAAUAGAUCUUCACAUUAAAGUAGAUCGGCUCAUAGACAGUGGAGGAACAGUCACAUGGCUGUUCUCCCCAGGCAGCACUCUUUGCAUAACAUGAGCAGUCUAAGAUUGAGAGUUUCUUAAGUGGUGUGUCCUGUAGUUUAACAGUGAUGUGAAAGCAUUUACCUCGUUUUGACACAUAGUGACAAAGUCUUAGGAUUGAUAAAUAUAUGUCAGUGUCAUGAGAAAAAAACAUAAUUGGUCCCAAAAUGUGAAUAUAAAGUUAAUGCAGCAGUAACUAUGCAGUAGACGGUCGGUGUGCAAAAUUCAGCAGAAACAAUUUAAAUAAAAUUGCUAAAUAAUUCACUCUUAAAGUGUGUUUAUUUAAAAAAAUUAAAUGACUAAAAUAUCUACAGCACUCUGUGUUUUUGUACCAUGUACUAUUGCCUUUUAUCUCAAUUCACUGCAAUGCCUAAGUAAUGAAAUACAGUGAGUGGUCAUUAAGGGAAGCCUAAUACUGUACCUAACAUCCUCAAUAAGUUAUGUUAUGAUAACUGUAUCUUAUGGUAUCACAGUUCUACUACAAUCAAUCAUUAGUCAAUUUUUGCUUUUGCUUGAUGGUGAUCUCUUAUUCUUUGUAUGCUGUCAGCCUUGAUCACCUUCUGCUUUCUCUUCUGUUUCUAAAUAUUUAUUUAAUUAAUUAUCUUAUUAAUUUUGUUGAUUAAUUUUCACAUGUAUAGAGGCAUUGGGAGAGUCGCUUAUCUUGUGUGUUAUCUUGUUUAUUUGCUCUCUGAAAUGUGUGCACAAUGCCCAGUUAUCCCCUAGCUGGUGUGAAAUAAUAAACAUUGUAGAUUUUAA